UUCUUCAGCUAAAAGGGGCUCCCGAUGUCUCCCCUCACCUCCUUGAGUGUCCUCCUUUUCCUCUCCCUGUGUAUGGGGGCUCUGCUGUCCCCUGAUGCACCCACCUGCUCCCGCCCGCCGUGCAGGGACAGCCUGGUGGCCGCCCCGCUCAUGAGGGCAGGAGGGUGCGAGGAGCGCUCCGCCACAGGUGGGUGCAGGCUUUCGGGCCCGAAGCCCCCUGCCUCGGAGCCUCCUACGAGGGGAGAAGAGAGACAGGAGGUGAGACAGGGCCAGUCAGAGGUGGGUGAAGUCUCCGAGCGGCUCGCUCAGCUGCAGCGCUGCAUGGGAGGCCUGCAGGAGCCAGGGGGACACAGGGGCCAGGCUGGGGGGUCGCUGGGGGCCACUCUAGCCCUGAUGGCAGCUGUUCUGACAGAGUGUGACCUGCACUGCCACAGCCAGGCGCUCCGGUCAAUGGCCAAACGACUAGAAGCAGCAGCAGUGGGGCGAGAAGGAGAGAAAGACCUCCUUAUACUACUGAGGAGCAUCACACUACACCCCCCCACAGUGGCACCAUCAGCCAGGCUCUACCCUCAGGACUGUGCUGAGAUUCAACGAAUGGGGAUAAAAGAGAACGGAAUCUACACCAUCCAGCCAGACCCUCACCGCCCUGCCCUGGAGGCAGCCUGCGACAUGGUGACCGCAGGCGGGGGCUGGACGGUGUUCCAGCGGCGGCGCGAUGGCUCGGUGGACUUCAACCGCACCUGGCAGGAGUACCGCGAGGGCUUCGGGGCCCCGCAGGGGGAGCACUGGCUGGGCAACGCCGCGCUGCACGGCCUCACGGCUGUCGGGCAGCAUCAGCUGCGCGUGCAGCUGGAGGACUGGCACCAGCAGAGACGCCAGGCCACGUACAGCACCUUCAGGGUGGCGUCGGAGGCGAACAGGUAUCGUCUAACGGCGCGGGAUUAUUCCGGGGACGCCGGUAACGCUCUCAGCUACAGCAAACGCUACAACCACGACGGGCGUGCCUUCAGCACCGCCGACCGGGACCACGACCGCUACGUGUCCGGCAACUGUGCGCAGUACUACGGGGCCGGCUGGUGGUUCGACUCCUGCCUGGCAGCCAACCUGAACGGCAAGUACUACCGCGGGCGCUACAGCGGCCUCACCAACGGCAUCUACUGGGGCACGUGGUACAUCCUGACAGACGCGCGCAGCGGAGAGAGGUACUCUUUCAAGACUGUUGAGAUGAAGACUCGCCCACGAGACUUCUGAUAGUCCAGC